AUGCCUAUUCCGCUGCAUCCACCAUUUCCCAGAGGACCAUCUGAUAUGUCUCUUUUAGUGAGGUAUCAGAACCACGUUGCUUUCCAUUUAUGGGUCGGCGAAAAGAGAGCUCUGAAGAAAGAGUUAAAGUUUGUUGCACAUGGCAGCAAAUUGAUUAGAUGGGUUCCACAUAUCCUCCCACCAGUGAUUGAGAGAUGGUUAUCUGAUUCUGGUCUAUCCUUUUUACAAAGAACCAAUUUGUCGAUGAUAGAUCAAAACUUCAUAUAUGCAUUUGUGGAGAGAUGCCAUCCAGAAAUAUCAUCCUUUGAUAUGGCAUUUGGAUGA